CACAUGUCCACUUUAUAGUAUGUGAAGGAAAUCAUAAGUAAAUAGAUUUCAACGUAUUAAAAUCCAAGUGGUGAAGAUAAAAAGGCAUUAGGUGAAUAUAAAUAAAAUUUAUGAUUUUAGAAUCUGAACCAUACCAUAAUUUACAAAAGUCAAGUGUAUUACUAGAAUCUAGGUGUUUUAAUGAUCCGUAAUUAUAAGAUAAGAAAUGUAGAUAAAUACUUUCAAAAUUGAUAUAUUUAAUUAACUAAGUAAUUUUUAGUUUUGAUAUAUUAAUGUUAGGGUGAGAAAUUUAAUGAUUAAGAAUCUUUAAGUUUAUUUUUUGGAAUAACAAAAUUAUUUUCUUCAAAUAAUGUUGAUUUGAGAAGAAUGAUUUAUUUAAUGAUAAAAGUAUAACUUUGAUUAAAUUGUAGGAAUUUAAAGAUGAGAAUUCAAUGUAUGUAGUAAUAAGUUGUUUAGCAAAAGAUAUUACAUCAAAGAAUGAUUUAUUUAGAAUAAAUGCUUUGCGUACAUUGCCUUAUGUUCUUGAUUAAUCAAAUUUAGUAUAAUUAGAUAGAUAUUUGAAGAAUGUAAUAAAGAGAUUUUAAUAAAUAAGGCAAUUUUAGAGAAGAGUCAACCAAUAUCAAGUGCAGCAUUGAUAGCUGGAUUAUAGAUUUUUAGAAUAAGUAGUGAUUUUAUAAGAAAAUGGACAAAUGAGGUUGCUGAUAGACUGAAUUCUAAAUAUCCAUAAAAUAGUUUUCAUGCAUUAAUAUUACUUCAUGAAAUAAAAAGUAAUGACAAAGUUACAUUUACUAAAAUAUUGACUGGAUUGACAAAAGAGACUCUUGUUCCUAUUGCAAAUAUGUAAGUAAUACGAUUCAUAAGAGAGAUUCUUAAUAGUGAUGAAUUGGAUCAAUAAUAUGAAAAAGUGUUUACUGAAUAUUUAUUAAGAUAAAUACAUAAGUCUUAGGAAAUUGUGAUAUUCGAAGCUUGUAAAGCAUUAUGUGAUUUAAAGUGUCUUUCAAAUAAAGAUCUUUAACCAAUGGUUUAAGUAGUGACUCUCUUUUUAUCAUCAAAUAAUGUGAUUAAUAAGUUUGUGGCAUUGAAAAUAUUAAACAGAUUAAUUUCAAAUCCAAUUAGAAGAUCACUUAUAUCAUCAUCAUAAAUUGAACCAUUAAUUUAAGAUUCAAAUAAAUCAUUAUCUUCUUUAGCAGUUUCAAUAUUAUUGAAGGUUUGUUAAGAGACAAAUAUUGAGAGAUUAUUAAAUCAAAUAUUUGAAUAUUUAAAUGAUAUGAGUGAUGAAUUUAAAAUUGAUGUACUCAGAAGUGUUAAAGCAUUAGCAAAGAAUUCACCAAACAAAUGGAAACCAAUAAUUCAUUUUCUUUAAUAAACAUUUAAAUGUGAAGCCUCAUAAGAAUUUAAAAAGUAUUCAAUUGAAAUCUUUGAAUUUAUUAUUCAUGAAAUUCCUGAAGCAAGAGAGACUGCAAUUUUAGCAUUAGCUGAUUAUAUAGAAGAUUGUUAACAUAGUGCAUUAUAAUUAAGUGUUUUGAGUAUAUUAAAUAGAGAAGCAUCAAAAAAAUAAUGUCCAACAAGAGUUAUAAGAAUUGUAAAUAAUAGACUUCAUCUAGAAGAUGCUGAAAUUAGAGCUGCAGCUGUUGGUGUACUGGGUAAAUUCUUACUUCAUUAUCCUAAUGAGAAAGUUAAUCUACUUGAAUUAUUAUCAGCUUCUGCUUAAGAUCCUGAUGAAGAAGUUAGAAAUCGUUCAAAAUUCUAUGUUAAUGAAUCAGCUGCACCAAAGGAAGAAAAUACUCCAUUAUCGAUAGAAGAAUUAGAUGCUAUUGAAGCUUAUUUAUAAUAAAAUAUUCAAGAAAUUUAAUAAUCAAAUGAAGAGAUAUUACAAUUAGAAAAGAUAAUGGCAUAUGCGGAAUAAAAUAAAGGAAAGAUUAAGAAGACAGAAGUAUUAUAAGAAUUAGUAGAAGAGGAAUUGAUUUAAACUCAUGAAGCUGAAUCUGGAUUUGAAACAUAUAAAAAAUUAUUUAAGGAAAGUACUAUAUUUUGUGAUUAUGGUGUUUUAAGAAAAUCAUCAAAAGCAUUUAAUUUAACUGAUUCAAAAUGUGAAUAUUUAGUGACAGUUGUUAAGCAUUUUUUUGAUAAUCACAUAAUAUUAGAAUAUAAAGUUAAGAACACUUUAGAUAAUGUUACAUUAAAUGACGUGUCUUUGGAAUUGACUAUAAAGAAUCAAAAUCUUUAAUUUGAACGAAUUGUACCAGCAAAAUAAAUUUAACCAUAAUGUGUAUCAAAUAUAUUAGUUGGUUUAUAAUUUAAUCCAAAUUUGAGAUUAGUUUAAUCUAACAUUCAAAGUAUAUUGACAUUUACUGUUAAUGAAAAUGGUACAAGUUAUUAGGAUGAAUAUUAAACUGAAGAUUUUAUGAUCACAUAUAGUGACUUUUUCUUACCAAUACAAUGGUUUAAGUAAGAAUAUUAUAUAAUUUUAUUUAGAAAAUUCUAAAAUGAAUGGGAAUCACUAAAAUAAUAAGAGAUGUCAGCUACAUAUUAAUUGGAUUAUAAGAAUACUGAUAUUGCUAUAAAAGAAUUAGUAAAGCAUUUUGGUAUGAAUUUAUCAAUUAGUAAAUGUAGGAUUUUAAGUUUGUGAUAAUUCUGAUCAAAUAUAAAUUCAAAAUAAGUUUCAUACUUUAUUACUGUCAGGGAAAUAUUUAGAUAAUAAAAAUGCAUUAGUGAUUUGUUAAAUUGGAUUUUAAUAAAAUAUAGGGUGUGUAUUGAAAAUAAAGAGUAAAUCUGAGGAUGAUAAUUUAAGUACAAAUAUUGUAGAAACCCUUGUUUGA